AUGGGCGCAGAAACUUUCGUAGAGGUGAUUUUGGCCAUCAUCUUGCCUCCUAUUGGUGUCUUCUUGCGUUAUGGAUGCGGAAUUGAGUUCUGGAUAGAUUUGUUGCUGACCUUUUUGGGAUAUCUUCCAGGGGUUGUAUAUGCCAUUUAUGUAUUGGUUGUAUAG